AGAAUAUUGUUGCGUGGUAUAAUUUAAUAUAGUAUAUUUAUAAUUUAGUAGAAAAUUUAACACGAAAAUCGAAAACCAAUAACGACCUAUUUAUUAUUCGAUAUAUCUCUAAUACCGAAUAUUCCAUAAAAAAAAACUUACAUAUAGUUUCCAUGUAUGCACGUAAGUAGGUGAUAUAAAAUUGGUCAAUCACUUAUCGUAAAAAAUACACAAUAAAAAUAAAACGUUUUCGCAAUUUUUUGUGGAAAAAUGUGUACGAAUGCGGCUUGAACAAGAAAAAUGGAUACAUGCUUGAUUUUUAUUUGCAUCUCUUUAACGGUAAUUUCAAAUACCGUUGGAAAUAUACAUGAUGCCCCAGAUUCGUUACGUAAACACUAUGGUAACAACAGGCAAAAACUAUUAGAUUUAGACUAUGGUAUCCAUCUGUCAAGCGUUGAAGUAGGUAAAGGCAAAGAUGGCAAAGAUUUUGACGUUUCCGAUAGAGUAGCGGUUUACGAUUCACCGGAAAAUGUGACAGAAGAUAAAAAAAGCAAAAAAAGACUAUCUGGUCCUUCGGGCGGAUUGAAGUCGGUCACUAUAAAACCAACGCGGUGUACUACUGGGAAAGCCAUUACUUUGGACCCUGAUUUUAAGCCUGAAAGUGAAGGUGAGUAUUAUUAUGUCAGUCAUAAUGUGCCAUGUGAUCGUGCCGGGAACGGCUCCCGAUGCGGGGACUCAACGGUUUAAUGCACAGACAUUUUUUGCCAUGCGUUAAAUAAAACAAGAUCUCUCUGGUGACAAUAAACCUCGUGUUCCUAAUUGACUUUUGAGAAUCUUACACAUUUUUUUUUUAUAAUAAUUACCCUCCUAAUUUUCAGAAACAAAGGAGAUUAAGGAUAUCGAUAUUGUACCUGAUAAGGAUGUGAAUUCAACUGACGUCAACGACGAUGGCAUGUCCACGCUUGUGACACAGAAGUACCAGAGACCCCCUGGACCUAAUGUCCUGCCUGAUUACUAUGUAGAUGACAAUUAAAAAAUAUCGAUGACCAAAUUGCAUUUUAUUUUCAUCC